AUGCGUGGCGUUGCUAUAAUUCUAAUGGAAGCCAGAACCGGUAGAGAAAAACAAAGAUAUACUGCGGGAAAGACACGACAGGUUGCAGGAUGUGUGCCAGUAAACACGGAAACAAGACAGGUCUUGUUAGUAACUCAGCGAAAGAAGAGCGGUUGGGUAUUGCCAAAGGGUGGUUGGGAAAAUGACGAAUCGCAACAAGAAGCAGCGGCGAGAGAGACUUAUGAAGAAGCUGGGGCAAAAGGAAAAGUAACACAUUUUCUGGGCCAAUGGGAUUCCCUUACAAUAAACAACGCUACCGGUUGUCCAAAGAAGAUGUUUCUCUUUUUCGAAAUGGAGGUUGAUUCUGUAGAAGAUAAAUGGCCCGAAAUGCAGGAGAGAAACCGAGCAUGGUUCGCUUACGAAGAGGCAGUAAAGAUGAUUGGAGAGCCAUUCAUGCGAGAAGUAUUGAAGCAAUGUUCGCUUGCGCCGACAUCGAAUCAGAACACUACCGCAUCUAUAGGAUGUUGA